UAUGAAUGAUUCCAGUAGCAGCUUGUGAUUUCAAAUAAAGCUGAUGGAUUAUAACCUGGUGUAGUGUGAUUUUUCACUUUGGCCAUUCCAGAGUCACAGAGGCACCUCCGCAUCAUGUAACAGACUUGUUUAUUUACUGAAGAAAUCUGGCUGAAAAGAAGAUCUGACAAUUUGAACAGAAUCAUCUCCACGCCACCGAUGGAAAACGAUCCGCAUUAAUUGUUACGUAGCAAACGGACACAAAAGAACCCAUAACAGUUCUUAUUGUGUGAUCUCACUUCAACAGCUCAGUGAAGUGGCGGCAUCCAGCUGGUCUCAAGAAUAUCUCCGUUUUGUUCUUCUAAACUGAGAUUUUGUUUCACCGCUGUAACUCUUAACAUGCCUCGGUGCCAGACAGAUUGCGUCGAAUGGCCUCUCCGCCGGGCUUUCAGUAAACUUGGAAUCCUCGUGAGUAAUUAUGCCUGGUACUUUCUCACGUUUCCUCUGAUACUUUCUGCUGUUCUGGGUUCGGGCUUUUCUUCUUUACCGACAAAUGAAAGCAACGACAUCGAGGAGCAAUUCACACCCAUACAUGGACCAGCAAAAACUGAGAGAGAAUUUAUUAAAAAACAUUUUCCAACCACUGAUUCAGAAACCUUCUCCGGUCAGAGGCUUUACACAGAGGGGACGUUUGCUUCUUUCAUUGCUGUAUCGAAAGGUGACAAUAUCUUGACAACGGCUGCAUUUAAAGAGAUUUUAUCACUUGAUGACGAUGUAAAGCAGCUCAGCAUCAACAAUAGACAAGGUAUCACAUACAGCUAUUCUUCUCUUUGUACACGGAUGGCAAACUCGUGUUUUGGAAAUGAAAUUUUAAAUAUUAUAAAUCACAGUCUAGAAGCCAACACAAGGAUUUCUUACCCUACAAUGAAUCAGACUUUUAUUGGUUUGGCUGUUGGAGGUGUCGACCUAGAUGGAAAUUAUAUUAAAAAAGCAAAGGCGAUUAAACUGGAUUAUUAUUUGCAAGAAGACAACGAUGACAUAAAAAAUCUCAGUUUGUUGUGGCUCAAGAAUUUCCUUCAAGAAUUUCCAAACAAAUUGAAAAAUCAGAGGAGUAUUAUGGUUUCCUAUUUCACAUCAGUAACAAGACAAGAAGAAUUUGAAGAAACUCCGAAGAAAAUUAUUCCUUUGUUCUCUGUCACAUAUUUUCUUUCAAUAUUCUUUUCCAUCCUAUCUUGUGUGAGGUUGGACUGUGUGAGGAAUAAGUUCUGGGUUGCUGCCCUUGGUGUUAUAUCAGCUGGAUUAGCUGUACUGUCAGGGUUUGGACUGCUGUUAUACUGUGGGAUGAAAUUUGCCAUUAAUACCGCCAAUGCACCUUUUCUGAUUCUCGGUAUUGGCGUAGAUGAUAUGUUUGUUAUGCUUGCCAGCUGGCAAAAGACCAAGGUCACAGAUGAAGUUGAAGAUCGCCUUGCGGACACAUAUGCUGAAGCAGCUGUCUCUGUUACAAUCACCACUCUAACUGAUGUUUUGGCCUUUUAUAUUGGCAUUAUGACACCUUUUCGUUCUGUGCAGUCAUUCUGUGUUUACACUGGCACAACAGUUCUGUUUUGCUUCAUUUAUAACAUUACAUUUUUUGGAGCUGUUCUUGCACUUAAUGGGAGGAGAGAAGCCAGUAACAGGCAUUGGCUGACGUUUAGAAAAGUUGAAAGCGAUCAUGAAUCAGAAGAAUCUAAAUGCUAUGCAAUGUGUUGUGUAGGGGGAGCUUACGAUAGUGAGACUGGUACAGAAAUAGAACAUCCAAUUUAUUUCUUCUUUAAGAAAUAUUACGGUCCAUGCCUUACAAACAUUUGGGCCAAGGCAAUUGUGGUUGUCCUAUACAUUGGUUAUUUGUCCAUCAGUAUUUAUGGCUGUUUAAAUAUCAAAGAGGGAAUUGAUCUGAGAAAUCUUGCCUUUGAUGGUUCAUAUGUGAUUAAAUUCUAUGAUGAUCAAAGUGCUUAUUUCUCAAAACAUGGACCACGUGUUAUGGUUGCUGUCACUGAACCCGUGGAAUAUUGGGAUUCCACUGCUCAGGAUGAAAUUGAAACUUGCAUGGGCAGAUUGGAAAACAGCUCGUAUGUCGAUCCUGAGUUGUCAGAGUCUUGGCUUCGUGUGUACAUUGAUCUAUCUAAAAAGAUGUCAAUGGACAUACAUGAGAAAAAUGCAUUCAUGGGAAAUUUAUCUACAUUGUUUCAAAUUGUUCCUUUAUUUAAACAAGACAUUAGGUUUUCAGAAAGUAAGCAACAAAUUAAUGCUUCUCGCUUUUUCAUUCAGACCAUUAAUAUAAAUACUUCAGUUGCUGAGAAAAACAUGCUGAAUGAAUUAAGAAAGCUUGCAGAGGAAUGUGAAAUCCCUCUGUUGGUGUAUCAUCCUGCAUUUAUCUAUUUUGAUCAAUAUCUUGUUAUAGUAUCCAACACAAUACAGAAUGUAGUUGUCGCUGCUAGUGUAAUGCUGAUCGUUGCGCUAUUUUUAAUACCUAACCUAAUGUGCUCUGUAUGGGUAACACUUUCCACUGCAUCAGUUUUAGUGGGUGUUGCUGGUUUUAUGGCUUUUUGGAGUGUCAAUUUAGAUUCUAUAUCAAUGAUUAAUCUGGUCAUUUGUAUUGGUUUUUCUGUGGACUUCUCAGCUCAUAUUUCGUAUGCAUUUGUGUCCAGUGACAGCGAAAGUGCAAAUGAGCGAAGUGUUGAUGCAUUAUAUAGCCUUGGAUAUCCCAUCAUCCAGGGAGCCCUUUCAACCAUACUGGGUGUGAUUGUAUUGGCUGCUGCAGCAAGUUACAUAUUUAGGACAUUUUUUAAAAUCAUGUUUCUUGUCAUAACAUUUGGGGCCGUUCAUGGUCUUAUACUUCUGCCUGUGUUUUUAACAUUGAGUGCAAGCUGCAGAAAAUCAAACAGUGCAAAAUCAGAUAAGACAAUGAGCCUUUCGAAAAUCCAUGUCUCUUCUGAUGAGGCAUUGGCACAAAAGAUGAGAAGUGAUUCAAAUACAGUUUUCUAAAAGUAACAAGGAGUUCAGGAUUAGGCUAUUGGGCUCAAUAAGCAUUGAUUGGGGCGUUUUAGGUAGACAAGAUCUCGAUUGCCCCAGUUUCCCUAUUCCAAAUAUUCCCAACAUCUCAACCAUAUUGAAACAUGAAAACACAGAAGAUAGUAGCUGGAGUAGCCUGCUCCAGUAUUCAAUAUGUUCACAGCAGAUCGUGGAACGUAACACCCUAAUCCCACUUUCCCUCUCAUAUUUCCUAGUCCCUUUAGCCAAAAUAAUAAUAUUGAUCUCCGUUGUCAAAACACCUAACGUUUUGACUUCAACAAUUUUCUUUGAGCAUGAAUUCCCCGCACUCCCCACUCUGCGAGUUAAGAAAUGUCCUCAUUUUAGUCAUAAAGUGUUUAAAUUAUAACCCCUGUUUCUGGACUCCCCUACUGUUGGGAACAUCCUUCCUGCAUCUAAUCUGCCCAGCCCUUAUAGAAUUUUAUAGGUUUCUGUGAGAUGCCCCAAAUUCUUCCAAAGUCCAAUGAAUACAAUCCUAACUUUUUCAGUUUCUCCUUAUACGCCAGUCCUUAUAACCAAGUACGGCUAUCCUUAGAAUUAAUUUGAUAAACCUUUUCUGCACUCCCUAUUCAGGAACAGCAUCUUUGUCCAGAUAAGGGGCCAAAACUGCACAAGCACUUUCCUAUCCAAGUGCACGACAUUGAACAUCCACCCAUGUGCCUCCUCUUCCCAUACUGUCCAUGGUCCCAAAACAUUCCUUCUCAGUGAAGCAGUGAUUUACUUAAAUUUAUUGUAAUCUAGUCUAUAUUCAAUGCACCAAUGUGGCUUCAUCAACACUGGGGAGACCAAACGUGAACUUGAUGACUGCCCUGAACAGUUCACGAGCAUGCUUUCAGACAGAGCUCUCAAUUUUCUUACCAUUAACAUUUACUCUGAACACAGGGUGUUGAACAUACAAUCUGCAGGCCAGGGCGCAGUCAAUGAAUGAAUCCUAUAUGACUCGUAGACUGGUGUUCAAGAUAAGAGUCGGUGACCACAAUUGGCUCUGCCAGGAGCUGCAAACAUAGAGUGUGCUGACUAUUUUUAUAAAAAUUAUUAAGAAAGUGUUUCAUUCAUUGAAUAUUUACUUCUGAGUUUUACAUUUUAU